AGUCGUCCCACUCGCCUCAACCGCGUCCACGACAAGUGGGGGCGACUGUGACGUCGUGGUGCAACGGCUCGCCGCGAAUCGCCGGGUCCAGAGGUCAAGACCUGCUUAUGCGCACCGGCCGCGCGCACGCGUUCUUUAGUUCUUAUAUCUACUUAAACUUUAAUUCUUAUUUGCUUAAUCGUAUUACCUAUAUUGUUAUUCUUAAAAAUUAUUAUACGUAUUCACAUAUUAUACAGUCCACGCUUAUUAUUUACUCCACCUGCUGAGCUAUCGUCGCAACAUAUGGUCCUUCUCCCAAGAAAAAUUGAACUGGACAAAGAAGACAAAGGACUUUGGUGAACGUCGACCACGUCAUCGAGUGACUCAGUGAAUAUUAUCAAGUUUCUUCGCUGUGAACAUUGUUACGUCGUGAUAUAUCGGCACGGCUUGAGACUUUUCGGCCGUCUUAGCUGACGUCACCCAACUGACACGAGAAGAAACGGAGUUUGGGCUACUAAUUAUUCGUCAUCAUAACGGACAGCAAAUACACGUGUUCAGAUUGUCGUCGUGCAUUGAGAUAUCUGACAAGAAUACUCCUCGGCGCAGUCAUCACCAGUGGUUUGCACCGGAAAACAGUGAGCUCGAUCCAAUUCCUUAUUUAAUCAUCUCAUCAUCUUUCCGUCAUCAUAAUCACAUUCAUUAUCAUCCAUAUCCCACAUUACAUUCAUUUUUUACUUCAUUAUAAUUAAAGAACGGUGUUACAUUUUUGCAAGUCAUCUCCACAUUAUUUCAUCAUAUUUCAUCCCAUUUUACCAUUUAUUUCAACUGUUUCAUCUCUUCAUUCAUUAAUUUCACUAUAAUUUAAUCAUAUCAAUUGCAGUGUCGUUUUAUAUUUCAGCUAAAAUCUAAUAUUAUUUUCUUAUAACGUUAACAUUACGGAAUGCAAUAAAUGAUAUGAUAUGAUAUGAUAUGAUAUGAUACGCAGCGAUUAUCAGUGCACAAACGCCUUGCAUUUUUAAAUAGCAAUACACAUUCUGCUACAAUUUUGCUCGUGCACUUUAUCUUGCAACUCGUUGCUAUUAUUUUAUGAGAAGUGUUUAACUUGCUGUUAGUUUAUAUAUUUCCUUAGUGCUUUAUUACAAAAAUCUAUCGCCUUCUCUUAAAAUGUCUGACAUUAAAAGCCUUAUGAGGAAACGUGCUUCAAUUAAAGCAAAGCUUACGCAAUUCUCUUCAUACUUAAACAUUGCUAAGUCAUGUGAACAGUUGAGCGAAGUUCAGAUUGUUGAGGUUGAGUAUAGACUUAAUACUAUCGAAAAUCUAUAUGAUAAAUACGACGUGUUACAGGCCGACAUGGAAGAGAUGGUGGACGACCCUAGCGAGCAAUAUGCGGAGCGUGAGGAGUUCGAAAAGCAGUACUACAGCUUGGUGGCUGCAGCACGUCAGCUGAUCAGCAAUGCUCGCAAGCAGGCUUCAGGGAACUCCAUAGCCGAGGUUGAUGUUUCUUGUUCUAAGCACACACACAAACAUAAUUCUAUCCGUUUGCCUAAAAUUGAUCUUCCUAAGUUUUCCGGCAGCUAUCAUGAUUGGUUAGAGUUUAGAGACACUUUCAUUUCUAUAAUACACAAUAACGACAGCAUAGAUAACAUAAAUAAAUUACAUUAUCUUCGUGCCUCCUUAAAGGGUAGUGCUUCCUUAAUUAUUGACAAUCUUGACUUUAGAUCUGAUAACUACGACGCUGCCUGGAAGUUGCUCUGUGAUAGGUAUGAUAAUAAAAGGUUGUUAGUUAACAACCACGUUCAAUUACUUUUUAAUGUGCAGUCCAUAAGCAAGGAAUCAAGUAAGUCAUUAAGACAUAUUGUUGACACCACAAAUAAAAAUUUAAGAGCAUUAUCUACACUGGGUCAACCUGUUGAGUACUGGGACACACUGAUCAUUUAUAUAAUGACAUGUAAACUUGACCAGGUGACAAACCGAGAGUGGGAGGAGCACAGGAACUCAUUGUCAGAACCUCCAACAUUGGCUGUAUUUAUUGAAUUCAUUCGUAACAGGGCUGAUUUAUUAGAAACGCUUGAGGAAUCCAAGUCAUUGUUUACUAAAGGCGAAGGUGUACAUGUCAACAAUAUUAAACAAUAUAAACAUUCUUCGGGUUCAAGUGAAACGUCUCGCAAUCCUUUAUCAUGUCCAAUGUGUCAAAAAGAUCACUUCAUUUUUCAAUGCGAUAAAUUCAAAAGCUUGCCUGUACAAUCACGCAUCAGUAAAGCUCAAACUUCCAAUGUAUGCUUAAAUUGUCUUCGACCAGGUCAUAAUAUUUAUAAAUGUAAGAUGGGUCACUGCAAGUAUUGCCGUGAGAAGCACAAUACAUUGUUGCACUUUGAUCGCGAUAUCGUUGUUCCUAAUCAAACAACUAGUACCUUAGCUUCUGUCAAUCACCUUUCUACAUCUCGAGUUGUCUUGCUCUCCACAGCGCUGGUGAAUGUGUCGGAUGCUGAAGGCAACGCUCACACCGCGCGAAUCCUGCUGGAUAACGGGAGUACGACUAACCUUAUAUCACAGGAGUUGGCUCGUAAACUUAAUAUUUCCACCUAUACAGUCGAGUCUAAGGAAUCGAGUUCUACCACCAAGCUCAGAGUCGUCUUCGAUGCAUCAGCGACCACAUCAUCAGGCAAAUCCUUUAACCAAAUUCAGAUGGUAGGUGCUCAGUUACAAGACGAUUUAUUAACAAUCUUACUCAGAUUUCGACAACAUCAGAUUGUUGUAUGUGCAGACAUCGAGAAGAUGUACAGGCAGACAAGGCUCGAUGACGUAUUUCGGCCUUUACAAUUGAUUCUUUGGAGGGCGGAGCCUUCUCAUCAGUUAAAAACAUAUUCCUUAAAUACGGUGACCUAUGGCACCGCAUCGGCGCCUUUCCUGGCAACUAGAUGCUUAUUACGACUAGCUGAAGAAUGCAGCGAUUUGUCAACGCAGUUUACAAUAGCGCAUGAUUAUUAUGUUGAUGACUACCUUUCAGGCGGGUCAUCUGUUGUGGAGGUGUUGGAGAAGUGUAGUAAGGUCAUCGCAGCUCUUCAGACUGCUAAGUACAAUCUGCGCAAGUGGCGGUCUAAUUCAUCUGAGGUGCUAGAAGGUCUUUGCCAAGAUCAUAUUAGUAAUAGUGAUUUCGUCGAUCUCAGUGAUAGUGAGACGUCUAAAACAUUAGGGCUGAACUGGAGGUGCUCAUCAGAUAUCUUUUCUUUUUCUGUGUCAAAUGCAACUUCCAGUAACAUUGCCACAAAACGUAAAAUUUUGUCUGUCAUUGCUCAGAUUUUUGAUCCCAUUGGCUUAGUUGUUCCCUGCAUAGUGGAAGCCAAGAUCAUCAUGCAGCAACUGUGGCUUGCAAAGUGUUCCUGGGAUGAGCCUGUUCCCGAACAUAUUCAGCUUUCAUGGGACAGCUUUCAAAAUAGCUUACCUUUUUUAAAUGAUUUCAGGAUACCUCGGUGGAUCACGUGUGAACUAUCAUCGUCUGUGCAGUUGCAUGUGUUCACCGACGCGUCUGAAAGGGCGUAUGGUGCUUGUUUGUAUGUCCGCAGCGUAUCGCUUAGUGGUGAGGUUCACGUACACCUUCUUACUGCUAAAAGCAAGGUAGCGCCGGUCAAAUCAACGACCAUCCCCCGACUCGAACUCUGUGCUGCGUUGUUGGGUUCGAGAUUAUACAUGAAGGUCCAGAACGCUAACGUGAACAACUUGCAGCGGUUCCGUCGCAUCGAAUGUUUAAAGCAACAUUUCUGGUCACGCUUCUCACAUGAGUACAUUUUGUGGCUCCAACAACGAACCAAAUGGCUCCGAUCGUCAGGGGAACUUACAGAAGGAACCCUUGUCGUCAUUAAGGAUAAAAGCUCACCUCCUCUGUUAUGGCUUUUAGGACGGAUCGUUAAGGUGCUUCCUGGUAGAGACGGCAUUGCACGAGUCGCCGACAUCCGCACACGUAAGGGUGUCAUUCGGCGAGCGUUUAACACAAUUUGCCCGUUACCUGUCGCCACUGCUGUUGAAGACACUUCAACGGGGGGAGUAUGUUGAGUCGUCCCACUCGCCUCAACCGCGUCCACGACAAGUGGGGGCGACUGUGACGUCGUGGUGCAACGGCUCGCCGCGAAUCGCCGGGUCCAGAGGUCAAGACCUGCUUAUGCGCACCGGCCGCGCGCACGCGUUCUUUAGUUCUUAUAUCUACUUAAACUUUAAUUCUUAUUUGCUUAAUCGUAUUACCUAUAUUGUUAUUCUUAAAAAUUAUUAUACGUAUUCACAUAUUAUACA